AUGGUUACGUCAAAGGAAGACCUGGCGAAUGGAUCCUACUACGAGCCACCGAAGACGCAUAAUCCCCAUCACAUUGUGGAACAAGACUACUUCGUAGCCUCCGCAGUGAUGAACCCAAGGUCUGUCUCUGAAGUGCAGGGACUCGUUCAGCUUGCCAACGAAUACCGGAUUCCCCUGUGGCCCACGUCCAUCGGACGCAAUUCCGGCUAUGGAGGAGCAGCUCCGCGAUCGCGCGGUAGUGUCGUGAUUGACCUGGGCAAACAUAUGAAUCGGGCGCUUGAGUCGUCGACGCUGCUUACGCAGUGGUCGAACCAGGCGUGA